AUGGGAUGCACCACGGGGCACUUCACUUGUCAACCGCAGACGACGGCGGCCCCAACCCUGGAAGGCCAGUCGCAAGAAGGAGCACCCAAAGUCCCAGAGGUGCUGUCGUCCCUAGAGCGGCUCUCGCAAGCCACGGGAGGGAUGGAGAAGUCUUGGUACCGCUGCAUCUUUCCAUUUGGGAUAAUCUCGCUGGUGAUCGGAGUGGCUGGAACUGGAGUGACGUACACGUACAACGAUCUCCCGCAGACCAAGGUGGUUUCUGUGAUCCUGUUGAUCGUGGGGCUGGUCCUGGUACUGAUGGCGACCACUUGCUGGACGGUCCACAAGAAGAAGCGCAGGAAAAAGAAUGAAGGAGGUUCCUUCAGCUCCGAUCAGUGUCCCUUGUGA